CGCGAAAGAAGUGACAGUUUUCUGUCAUUUUUACUUUACUCCGAUUUUUAACACAAUUAUGUGAUACAUAAAUUACAUUAAAUCGUAUAAAAAUGUGCGAACUGGUAUAAAAUAAUAUGUGCCUUCAGGCGCAUUAAUAUAAAUAUUGUUCUACGUUUAUAAUACGUGUGAUGAUACGGCGAAACUAAAAAAAUAAAAAUGAUUUUACAUUAGUUUACAUUUUUCACACUCAUGUCAGAUGAGAAAUCUCAAUAUUAUCAAAAUAUAGAAAAUUUUAUCGAUCAAUAUGUAAAUUAAGUAAUGGCACCUGCAAAAGACAAAUGGAUUAAACGUUUUAUAAUUACGGAAACAAGGCGGCAUAAGAAAGGCUUCACAAUUUACAAAAUUACAUCUAUGGUAUUUUUGAAAUCUUCUCGCGAAGAACUAUCAAAGGUAUCAGUAUGGAAACGUUAUAAUGACUUCAAAAAGCUUCACUCGGAGCUCAGCAGUUUGCACAAGUGUUUAGGAAUAAAAGAAGCCUUUCCAACUUUUCCCAAGUCUAAAUAUUUCGGCAGAUUUGAGACCGAAGUUGUAGAAGAAAGAAAGAGAUACAUCCUAAAUUUUUUGGAAUUUGUAGGACGACAUUCGUACUUAUACUCAAGUGAUAUUUUUAUAACAUUCUUUGAAACUAGUCAUGCGGAUAAUUAUGCUAACUAUUGCGCGCAUUCUUUAUGCUCCGAUACAUCGGAAGAUGAUCUCAUCACCCCUUUGAAUGAUUCUGCAAAUGAUAUUGCAGCACAAAAUCUUCAAGUACUAUCAAAAACAUCUCGCAAUGUUUUGACAAAUCCGUGUUCUGCAUUGCCAAAUAUUAUUUAUACGAACGAGAACGAAUUCGUAUCAUCUGAAAGAAAGAAUGAAUCUCUUAGCACUACCAAUUUACAGAUUGUAAAUGUGAAAAAGGAAGAACAAAGUUAUAAAACGGAAAAAUCGCAUGCGCAAAAUAUUAGAAGAGAUUGCGAUGCAGAUAUUAAGAAUAAAAACUUUGACAAAGACAAUGUAACAACACUAAGCAAUGUGUCAGGAUUUUAUAAUGUCAACAAUAACAUUAAAGAUUUUUCGAAUUGUAAUACACGUUCCACAUGUUCGAUAUUACAAGAGAAAGCGAAUACUUCAUAUCAGACACAGACGGAUUUUACGCAAUAUCUCUUAAUAGCUGCUGCUCAUAUGAGCGCGGCCUUCAAGCAUGAAUCUAUAGCUGAGUAUGAGGAAGCUUUCAUGCAGUACAAACUGGGAAUAUCGUGUCUUAUAAAUGGCGUGCAGUUUGAUCCAGAUAGUACAAGAGUACCGAGUAUAAAGGAUAAAAUAUCAAAGUAUUUAGCACGAGCUGAACAAUUAUAUAAUAGGCAUUUAAAUUGUAAUAUCUCAAUAGUGAGCAAACCCAUAUCAGAGCUUCAAUAUUAUAAAGUACUUAAGGUAAUAAAAUCGGUGAUGCUCGUGAUGGAUAUCCGUGCGAAUUGCAAAAGGAUAAUAAAAACUGUAGAAAGAUCUUCUAUUCACGAGGAUAAUAUAAGUGAUUAUAUAUUACGUGGACAGAUACCAUACAUGGUACAUUUAUGUGCAUGCAUUGAAACUGAAACAACUGUAUUUCUGAUUCUGCAAUAUGCAAGUUGUGGAAAACUAUGGGAUUUUGUAAGUCUACAUUACGAAGCAUCUGACUAUUUGUAUACUAAUGUGAUUUCAAAUCAUGUAUGUACAAAUAAACAUAUUAAUCAGGAUCUCGAUAACAAUGAAAAUAUUCACGAACCGAAUAAAACAGAAGAAAUUGUAGAAAAUAAUAAAUGGAGAAGGGAUCAUCAAUGCUCUGUAGAUGUCCUAAAUGAAAUCUAUACGGAGGUGCCUACCAUACAAUUGUUAGAAAAGUCACAAAAAUUGUUACAAUCCGUUAAUGCGACAUUGAAAAAAAGCAAUUCCAUCGCAAAUCAAUUAAAUGAAUCUAAGGGAUUGAGACACUCGAAAGAUACACUAUCAAUAAACGAGAAAGCUCGAGUAUUUCAAGAAUCAGAUUGUACAUUAUCUGAUAUUUAUUGCAAUAAAUCAUCAAAUAAUAUUAAGAUAGAUAACAUUAGUGAAGAUUCGAAAGACGCUAAUUCUUUAUCGAUAAGUAAUAGCGAGAAUUCGAAUAUAUCAAAGAACAUUCGCGUAUCUGCAUUAAAUGAAAAUUGCACAAAUCAUAAUUUACUCGCAAAUAAAACCGAUGAAUUAUUUCAUAACAAUUCAAAGACUGUUUCAAUACAGAAUGUCUUGACCGAUAAUGUAAUAUACAUCUGUAAAAAUAACAAUAUUAAAGAUUCGAUCGAUCGGACAAUUUCGUCGAACGUUAACUCUAGUAUUGAUGAAAUACAAUAUUCGCAUUCGUGUAAAGAAAAUACUAUGGAUGAAGAAAAGAUACUUUGGCAAAUACCUGAAGCUGUAAUUCGAUCAUGGGCGGCUGAAAUACUUUUAGCUUUAGAGGCACUUCAUCAACAAAACGUCUUGAUUCUUGAUUUUAAACCUGAUAAUAUUCUUCUCGAUGACGCAGGACAUGUGCGGCUCACUUAUAUUGUACCGCAACGCAAUGUGGAACUGUCGAAGCUAACUUAUCCAUAUUCGUCGCCCGAAUGCACAAUGUAUUCUCCAACUAUUCUCGUUACAUCCGCUACAGACAUUUGGAGUUUUGGAGUUAUUUUGUAUGAACUGCUUACUGGCAUUAUGUUUAUCGUCAAACAUCCAGGAUUAUUUCACUCACAUUCCACAGUCAACAUUCCUGGCAAGCUAUCAGAAAAUGCAAGAUCUUUGUUAUAUGGCAUACUGAAAUAUCAUCCGAAUGAACGAUUGACAAUAGAUGAAAUAAAGCGUCAUCUAUUUUUCGCGGGGAUUGAUUGGUCCAAUAUGGACAAUUUUCAAACGUAAUACUUAUAUUAGAUAGUUAAUAAAUUUCGUAUAAUUGUUAAUAAAAUGUUGAAUAUGUAUUUAUUAUUAUAAAGAUAUAAAUUCAUUUAUAUAUAAAAACUUUAUUUUAGUGUAAUACAAAUAAGUAGUUCUAAAAAUAGAAAUAAAAAAUUAAUUUAAUCAAAGAAA